AUGGCGCUAACGUCAACGCGCAAAGUGGACGUUUUGAGAAUGCACUCUGGGCCGCCUCAAUUGGCGGUUAUGAAAAUGUGGUCUAGAUACUGCUGGAUCAUGGCCGCCUCAAUCAACGGCCAUGAAAAGGUGGUGCAGAAGCUGCUAGAUCAUGGUGCCGAGGUUAAUGCCCAAGGUGGAACGUAUGGGAAUGCACUUGGCGGUUAUGAAAAGGUGGUCCAGAUACUGCUGGACCAUGGUGUAGAGGUCAACGCCCAAGGUGGGGUUCACGGCAACGCGCUCUACGCUGUAUCGUCCGAAGGCCAUGACAAGGUGGUGCAGAUGCUGCUAGAUCGUGGUGCCGAGUAUUGCAAUGCACUGCAGGCUGCAGCGUCUGGAGGUCACGAAAAGGUGGUGCAGAUGCUGCUGGAACAUGGCGCUAACGUCAACGCGCGUUGUGGACGUUUCGAUAAUACACUCUAG